AUGAGGGUCAAGUAUGUUACCGAAAAUUCUCGAGGCCACUCCAAAUCCAGCGCGAUCCAGGAGCCCAAAUCUUCCCUUAAAUUUGAGAUAGCAAAGGCCUCCACAGCCAGGGAGUUGGUCCCGGUCCAUCCCUGGUUCUGCGAAAAGCUCACGGGAGUGCAUGGCUCCAUGUCGGCAACGUUCCUUAUCCAGCCCCAAGACUGUGUCCAAAUUGCGACCAAAUUCCGGCCGUUCGUCGUCACGGUUACCAACCCACCGGACAGAGUACCAGGGUCUCUGCCGCGGUAUAAAGCCACCGUAUCCAUCUUCUACAACAACAGCGGCAUUCGAGUUGCGGAUCCGAGCCCUGUGGUUGAACAUAUCGACCGCCAAAUCUCGUUGGCGAAGGAAUUAUCCCCAAACACGGAUACGGCGGGAAAUAUGCACUUCCUUUUCGAUAGCGUCAAGGUCGACUAUGUCGGCGAAUUCACCAUGCACGCGUCCAUCUUCCGCCCGGACGACGAUCUCAACGGCCCCGCGUUCCUGACUACGCCGUGGAGCACUGUGGUCAAGGUGCUCCCCCCAGUUCGCCGAGUCAGGGCCACCCCACUGACCGCCCACGAGCGUCUUGUUUUGGCAGAUUUGGGCACACUGACCGCCCACGAGCGUCUUGUUUUGGCAGAUUUGGGCAUCAAGUCAGAUUUGGACCGCGCCAGCUCAUCCAGGGCUGAAACAACCAAAGAAAUUAGGAUGAAGCGCGGAUAG